AGAGGAAGAAACAGAAACUAUUGGUAUCUGUCCUUCCAGGCGUGUUCAACCUGUAUGACCAUAUGAGGAACACGGAAGCCGCGCACCUGUGAGCUGACGUCACACGCUGAGCGUACCUGCAGCGACGCGUCCAGCUGAACUCAGUUAGAGAAACUACCUCCAGGAGACAAGACGACAGGCCGUGAAGGAAUAUAAUCAUAAUUAGUUUCACCGUUUCAUUGCGAAGAAUACUUGAAGAGGAUUUGCAGACAAAUGGGGACCGCUCGGUUCGCGGUUUUGUUCAUUCUGAUUGUGGUCCUUCAGGCCUCAGAUUUAGUGCCUGCCGAGGAGCCAACAUGUGUACCUGGAUUCAAGUCAGAUAUGGUGACUUUCAAUGUUAACCGAAAGCACCUGAAUCGGGACAUGAGACUGGGCAAAGUGGACUUCACUGACUGCACAGACCGCACAAGAUUUACUUUCACCAGUGAUGACAGUCGUUUCAAAGUCCAGACGGAUGGCACACUGACGGUAAAGAGAGAGGUUGUUCUUCAUGAAGGACACCAGGACUUCUUCAUCCACUCCUGGGACUCACAAGGUCGCAAAAUAACUCUUCCUGUCAGAGUAUUGCGCCAUGGGCACCGCCAUGGGCACCGCCACGGGCACCACCACGGGCACCAUGACAAUGUUCACCAUGGAGACCACAACCAUCAGGACCACCUUACUGAAGUGGACUCAAAGAGUGCGACUGAUCCAGAGGUUCCUGUUCUGUAUUUCCACAAAUCUGGUGAAGGCCUGAGGAGGAAGAAGAGAGAAUGGGUUAUUCCUGAUAUCAGUGUUUCUGAGAAUCACAAAGGACCCUACCCCUUGAAAAUAUCUCAAAUCCGUUCUAGUGCAGAUAAAGUAAAGAAGAUCUAUUACAGCAUCUCUGGUCCGGGAGCUGAUCUGCCUCCUGUUAAACUUUUCACCAUGGACAGAGACAAUGGCAAUCUGUAUAUCACAGAACAACUGGACAGAGAGAAACAAGACAAGUACUUGUUUCAAGCGCAUGCUGUGGCAGAUGGUGCAGGACAGGCUGAGGCUCCAAUGGAAAUUGUAGUGAUUGUAAUUGACCAGAAUGACAACACACCUUUUUUCACUGAAGCCACUUACCUGGGAGAAGUUGCUGAGUCCUCACCAAAAGGUUUUGAGGUGAUUACGGUAGUGGCCAAAGAUCUUGACGACCCAACUACUUACAAUGCCGAUCUCCGCUACCGUAUUGUAGGCCAGGAUCCAGCGACUCCUUCUGACCUAUUUGCCAUCAACUCAGUAACUGGAGUCAUCAGAGUCGAUGGCACUGGGCUAGAUAGAGAGAAAAACCCACAGUACACACUCAGGGUCCAAGCAGCAGACAUGGGGGGAGAAGGGCGGUCUGGAGAAGCAAAAGUAAUCCUUACUGUCACAGAUAGCAAUGACAAUGCUCCAGCCUUCACACAGUCCUCUUAUAACGCAACAGUUGAUGAAAACAAAGCGGACACAAAGCUCGUUGUGAUGUUGGUAACCGAUGAUGAUGAACCGCAUACCCCAGCUUGGAACGCCAAGUUCAAAAUUGUCAGUGGUGAUCCCGGAGGACUUUUCUCUGUGACAACAGGGAUUAACAAAAAUGAAGGAAUCCUUUCUACUGCCAAGGGUCUUGACUUUGAGAAAGCCAGCAAGCAUGUUCUGUUGGUUGAAGUGGUGAAUGAUGUUCCUUUUGCUGUCCCUCUGACCACUGCCACCGCCACAGUGGUGGUGACUGUGCUAGAUGUCAAUGAAGCGCCAAUCUUUGACCCAACAGAGAAGCACGUGUCCAAACCAGAGGACCUCGCUGUGGACAGUGAUGUGGUGCAGUACACCGCUUCUGACCCAGACACUGCACGCAGACAGACAGUCACGUAUAGAAUAAUUAAUGACCCUGCAGGCUGGCUGACCGUGGUCAAAGAAACGGGUCUGAUUAAGGUGAAAAGCUUAAUGGACAGAGAGUACACCUUCGUCAAGGACGACAAAUACACAGCACUCAUUGGUGCAUAUGACAAUGAUGAAGUCCCUGCCACAGGAACUGGUACUCUAGUGGUCCAUCUUAACGAUGUCAAUGACAAUGCACCCACCAUUGAGGAACGCAACAUCAAGGUGUGUAACAAGAACUCAGCUCCUCGUCUGCUGACGGUAACGGAUAAAGAUGGACCGGGCUUUGGUGCUCCGUACAGCGUCUCUCUACAGGGCUCAUCAAAGACCAACUGGACUGCUCGGAUGAACGACUCAAAAACUAGCAUCAUCCUGACUUUAACCAGUCAGCUGGCCAGUGGAGAGUACACUGUGGUCCUGAGGGUUUCAGACAACAUGGGUAUGGAGCAGGACAACAUGGUCCAGGCCGAAGUGUGUGACUGCUCUGGAGAAGAUGUCACCUGUGAUAGCCGUGUAAUAGGUGGCACCGACCUGCCAGCAAUCCUGGGGAUAUUGGGAGGCAUCCUGUUGCUGCUCAUGCUGGUGUUGCUGCUGCUGCUGUUUGCGAGAAGGAGAAGAGUAGAGAAGAAGGAGCCUCUACUGCAGGACGACGAUAUCAGAGACAACAUCUACUACUACGAUGAAGAGGGGGGCGGAGAAGACGAUCAGGACUAUGAUUUGAGUGUUCUGCACCGUGGUCUGGACAACCGGCCUGAGGUGUUCAGGAACGAUGUGGUGCCCAACUUCAUGCCAGCUCCUAUGUACCGGCCUCGUCCUACCAACCCGGAGGAAAUCGGCAACUUCAUUGACGAUAACCUGAAAGCAGCUGACAACGACCCGACCGCGCCCCCCUAUGACUCCCUGCUGGUGUUUGACUAUGAAGGAGGCGGCUCUGACGCAGGAAGCCUCUCCUCUCUGAACUCGUCGAGCAGCGGAGACCAGGACUACGACUGCCUCAGUGAAUGGGGACCCCGCUUCAAGAAACUGGCCGACAUGUACGGAGGAGGAGACGACGACAUGCUGUAAAUUUACCAAAGAACAAUGUGGAUGAACGUACGGCUGCGUGGCCGUUGGAUUAAGAAAUUAAUGCAUCCCAGAGAAAGUAGUCAGACAUCCGUUUUAUUCUUUCUGUGUGGUUGUGGUUUACCUUUCAGUGCAGUCCUAUUAGCAGCAAACAGCCACUGCUCAGAAGCCAAAGAAUAAGGUGGUGUUUUUUUGUAUAUAUCCCCAUUUUGAAAGGUUAAUCUGUCUGCCUGUCUUACAGACUGAUGUGGUUCCAGAACUCACUGAACAGAAAAUACACAAAGCAUCAUCAGUCUGUUGAUUUUAUUGCUUUAGGGCAGAUAUUUUAGCCUGCAUUAUAGCUUACUGGGUGACACUGGACAUGCACACAGAUGGUUGCAGAUGCACUGGUAAUGUUUGUGUUAUAGUGGCAAUAUAUGGUACUUGACAUUCUGUGUUUAGUGUUUUGUUUUUUUGUAGAAUUUGUACUACUUCAUUUAAAUUUCAUUGUUUUGUGUUUGAGGAAGGAAAUUCUAAAUCAGAGGGUUAAAAUCCAGGUUGCCAGCCAACGCCACAUCACCCUCUGAGGGUCAAUGAGUUAUCAAAUGCUUUUUAAAAUGUUAAAGACGUCAACUGAACAGACACUUAAUCACUUUGUAAUGUCAAACACAGUUUGCUGUUGCAUCCAAAGGUACUUUAUUACAACAGCUUUGUUCAUUUAGAAUUUUUUAUAAAGUUAUCUUAAAACAA